AUGAUGAAAGUUGUUCAAGUAUUUGGUUGGUUACUACGAUGUGCAAGAAAUCAACUCAAGAAUGAUCGAGAUGUUGUUUUGAAUUCAAUCAAAAAUCAUGGAAAUGCACUUAAAAAUGCUUAUCAUGAUUUUAAGAAUGAUCGAGAAGUCGUAACGGUUGCUGUUAAACAGGAUGGUCAUGCAUUAAAAUUUGCCUCCUAUCAAUUGAGGAAUGAUAGACACGUUGUUUUAAAUUCUGUCAAUCGAAAUGGAUAUUCUCUGAAAUAUGCUUCUUAUGACUUGAAGAAUGACAAAGAGAUCGUAUUGACAGCUGUAAGACAAAAUGCCAUUGCUCUUCAAUUUGCGUCAGAUGAAAUGAAAAACGAUAGAGAAAUUGUAAUGCAAUCUGUUCAAGAAAAUGGCUGUGCUCUCAAGUACGCAAGUGAAAUGAUGAAACAUGACAAGGAGAUUGUUUUAGAAGCUAUCAAACAAGAAACUGAUUCGUUGAAUUAUGUGUCUCUAGAUCUUUUGUGUGACAAACAAUUCUUAUUAGAAGUUACAAAGUCAAGACCUGUGGUUUUUGAUCAGGUGCCGAAUGAUAUUAGUUUUGACAGAGAAUUUUUACUUAAAGUAACCAAAUUCAACAAUUCAACAGUCCUUCAUUAUUAUAUGGAUCUCCUUAUUUUGAACAUUUGA